AUGCCCUUGCGGGUUGAGCUUGGAAACUGCGGAUGUAGCGAAAAUAAAAAUCAUCUUAAUGACGACGAGAAUCUUUAUUUCGGUCACCAAUACAAUGCUUUUCGCUUUCUCGAUUUUCCUGCUAUGGUUGUAAAGCAUCAUAAGAAAAUCUCAUCUCAAAGUACUGGAAAUGAAUCAAAUUUUCUCUUAUUGCUAUCUACUCAGUCCACUUACACUUAUACAAUUGUAAGCAGCGAGGCAUCAAGAGAAUUCUCAGCCCCGUGA